AUGAAGUACACUCCCGCCCUCCUCGCCGUGCUCGCCACAAGCGUCGCCGCCCAGCAAAACCAAACAAACACCAUCCUGCAGAACCUGCAAUCCCUUACGGCACAGGGCUCCGCAAAGCAGUACAACCUCUCCACCCUCAUCGGAUUCGCAGGAAAGAUCAACGGUCUGACCGACAAGCUCGGCAAGAACGACACAAACUACACCGUCUUCGCCCCCACCGAUGCCGCCUUCGCCACCCUCACCAAGAACUUCCCAGACCUCGUCGCAUCCCUCGGCAACAACACUGACGCCCUCGGCGACGCCAUCAACUACCACAUCGUUCCUAACACCGUCUUCCUCCCCUCCGAGAACACAAAUGUCACCAAGCUCUUUGUCCGCACCGCCGACGCAAAGAACAACGCCAUCCAGGUCAACCUCGCAAAGGCCGUCACCCUUCAGUUUGACGCCGCCGCUGGACAGGGUAACGCCACGGUCAUCGACUCCAUCCGCUCCUCCAACGGUGUCAUCCACGUCGUCAACGCCGUCCUCACCCAGCCCCGCCCCGCCGUCGACGUCGCAAAGGCCGCCGGUCUGUCCCAGCUCGUCGCCGCCGCAUCCACCAACAACGACCUCGUCUCCGCGUUGAACAACCUGAAGGAGAACACCGUCUUUGCCCCCACCGACGCCGCCUUCAAGGCCGUCAACGAGUUUGCGACCCAGAACAACAUCAACAUCACCGGUAACCUCCUCACCAACAUCCUCAAGUUCCACGUCGUCAAGGGUGUCUACUUCUCCACCGACAUCGUCAAGUUUCAGACCGCGUCCGUGGCCACCCUCCUCGACAACCAGAACGUGACCGUCACCACCUCCCAGGAGGAUGGCAAGCCCGUCGUCAACGUCAUCGGUGCUGGCCAGGCCACCCUCAAGCUCUCCGCCGCCAAGGUCGUCAAGCCUGAUGUCCUCGUCUCUGGUGGUGUUGUCCACGUCAUUGACGCCGUUCUGAUCCCCGACAUCGCCGCUGCCAACUCCUCCGACCCCUCGGUCCCCAAGCCCGCUGACGUUGCCGGAAACAAGAACGCUGCCUCCGCAACCACCAUCUCCCGCGCGGCUGUUGUCGCCGCUGCCGUCGCUGCGAUCUUCGCUGUCGCUUUGUAA